AUGCAAGGCCGUCUGUACAGCACGCACGUUGCACCACCAUUCUCUCAACGCCAGUCGGCUGCCGGAGUGACAGUGUCUGAGGAGGCCAAGGCGGUGUAUGAGGCGUUGAGAGCGGACAAGAAGCACCGCUACGUCGUCUACACCCUCACCGACAAGCAUGUAAUCGAAGCGGAGACUACGGGAGGGCGUUCGGCCACCUUCGCGGACUUCUUGGAGAAGUUACGACAGAGCUACACAGACCAGUGCCGCUGGAUCGUAUAUGACUACUCUACCACAGGCGAGGACGGGACUACAAUGGACACGAAAGUCUUUAUCAACUGGUGUCCGAAGCAAGCCAACAUCAGACAGCGUAUGAUCUACACAAGCUCUCUUGAUGCCCUCCGAAAACAACUCGUUGGGAUCAGUACGCAAGUCGAGGUGUCCAGCGUCGAAGAGGCCGAUGAUGCGAUAAAAGCUGCACUGUCCAGGUAACAUAUAUACUGUGGACAAAUGAAUACACAGUAAUAAACA